AUGUCCGCCAUCAAAGCGAAGGCCGAGGACGCCGCUUCGUCCGCCAAUGCCAAGGCCACCGCCGACGAGAAGGUUGAGAAGGCCAAGACGAGGGAUCCGUUGAAGAAGCGGGAAGCCGAGGAGGACAAGGAGGACCGUAAGCUGCAGAUCGAGUCCGACGAGCGAGUCGAGAAGGCCGGCCACGGCCCUCUCGGCCCCGAGAGGACCGUGACGCACACGGCCGGUGAGUGGUGA